AGAAAAGAGGGGAGAAAUAAAAAGAGGAUAAUGAAAAAGGAGAUCGAAAAUAGAAAUUGCGGAGAAAGGGAUGGCUGCUUGUACGCACGAUCACAGCUGCGAAGAACACGAUUGUUCUUCCGAUUGGUCUCUCUACAAACACAUUGAUCUUCCCAAGGUGUCUGCUUUGAAUGAGGCUGUUCCAGGAAGUGUAAAGUCAGUUUUUAAAGCUUGGGAACAGCGUUUGAGUAUUUCAGAGGGUCACUUGGAAAGCAACGAGGGGGAUCCAGAGUUGAUCGUUUUCAUUCCAUUUACUUCAGAUGUUAAGAUCAAGAGCAUUUCGAUCAUUGGUGGCAGUGAUGGAACAAGUCCUUCUAAGAUGAGAGCGUUUAUAAAUCGAGAUGGUAUAGACUUUUCAGACGCUCAAACUAUGCAACCAGUUCAGGAAUGGGAAUUGGCUGAAAAUACAGAAGGACUUUUAGAAUACCAGACAAGAUAUUCUAGGUUUCAAGGUGUUGGAAGUCUCACCUUGCAUUUUCCUGAUAAUUAUGGUGGCGACACAUCGGAAAUUCAUUACAUUGGCUUGAAAGGUGAAGCCACCCAGUUGAGGAGGGAUGUUGUUGCGACGAUUGUCUAUGAACUCAUGCCCAACCCAUCUGAUCACAAGACACGAGCGGAGGGGGGAGGUGGACUCUCACGUGUGGAAUGAAGAACGUAUUGUAUUACUUACAGUCAAGUCCUUUUCUUUUGAAGUCAUGUAUGUAAAACAUUGUGCAGACUGUGCAGUCCACCUUUUCUAGAAAAUGAUUGUCUCAUUUUGUGGUUCAAGGAUCAAGAUGGGCGGGGUUGUAUCAGAACUUUUUUGAUUUUGAUAUUUUAUCAAAACAAAAUGGCAUUAGAGAUGUUA